AUGACCACAGUCGAGCACAAGGCCAUCUUGAUCGUCAUUGACGGAUGGGGUAUACCAUCGGAAACCUCGCCUCCAGAAGGCGAUGCCAUCGCUGCGGCCGAAACUCCUGUCAUGGAUGAGUUCGCCAAAGAAGGCUCCAAGACGGCCCAAGGCUAUACCGAGCUUGAAGCCUCCUCCCUAGCAGUUGGUCUGCCCGAGGGCUUGAUGGGAAACUCUGAAGUUGGCCAUCUCAACAUUGGCGCCGGAAGAGUUGUAUGGCAGGAUGUGGUGCGAAUUGACCAAACAAUCAAGAAAGGGGAAAUGAGCCAAGUCGAAAACAUCCGGAAAUCGUUUCAAAGAGCGAUCGAUGGAAACGGAAGACUUCACCUUCUAGGCCUCAUCAGUGAUGGUGGUGUUCACAGUCACAUCAACCACCUAUUUGCCCUUCUCCAGGUCGCCAAGGAUAUGAAAGUCCCGCAAAUCUUCAUCCACUUUUUCGGCGACGGCAGAGAUACUGAUCCCAAGAGUGCUGCUGGUUACAUGCAACAACUGCUGGACAAGCUGCAAGAGCUCGGUGUGGGUGAAUUGGCUACAGUGGUUGGCCGAUACUACAUCAUGGACCGGGACAAGAGAUGGGACCGUGUGGAAAUUGGUAUGAAGGGCAUUGUCCUCGGUGAAGGAGAGGAAUCUUCUGAUCCUGUUGCCGCCAUCAAGUCUCGAUACGAAAAGGGGGAGAAUGACGAAUUCCUCAAACCCAUCAUCAUCGGAGGAGACGAAAGAAGAGUCAAGGACGGCGACACUCUGUUCUUCUUCAACUAUCGUUCGGAUCGAGUCCGCGAAGUUACUCAGCUGCUCGGUGAUUAUGAUCGAUCUCCCAAACCAGACUUCCCCUACCCCAAGGAUAUCCAGAUCACCACCAUGACACAAUACAAGACAGACUACCGCUUCCCUAUUGCUUUCCCGCCCCAACACAUGGGCAAUGUUCUAGCCGAGUGGCUCGGAAAGAAAGGUCUCAAGCAAUGUCACGUCGCAGAAACUGAAAAGUAUGCUCACGUGACCUUCUUCUUCAACGGCGGAGUUGAGAAGCAGUUCGAAGGGGAGGAUCGAGAGUUGAUCCCCAGCCCCAAAGUGGCGACAUAUGACCUGGACCCUCCCAUGAGUGCCCAAAAGGUGGCAGACAAGCUCAAUGAAAGAAUAUCCGAUCAGAAAUACGACUUCUUGAUGAACAACUUUGCACCUCCCGACAUGGUCGGCCACACUGGAGUGUAUGAGGCAGCAAUCAAAGGAGUGGCUGCAACGGAUGCCGCCAUUGGCACUGUGUACGAAACCUGCAAGAAGGAAGGCUACAUUCUCUUUGUCACCGCCGACCAUGGUAACGCCGAGGAGAUGUUGAAUGAGGAAGGCAAACCCAAGACAUCUCACACCACGAACAAAGUGCCUUUCGUUAUGGCCAACGCCCCCGAAGGCUGGAGCUUGAAGAAGCAUGGCGGCGUCCUGGGAGAUGUGGCCCCGACAGUCCUGGCGGCCAUGGGAUUGGACCAACCUGAAGAAAUGGGCGGGACCAGUUUGUUGAUCAAGAAGUAA